CGACCAACAACUGACCAACAACGAAAGGCUGUUUCACAAUGGCGUGGAAUCGAAUCAUUGAGCUGAAGUAGUAGAUUGUGCAAGAGGACUACCACCGUACAAAGUUUGACCAUGUCGUCUUCACGGCUUCGGCGACCGCUAGUAGCAGUAUCGCUCCACAUCCUGUUGGUGGUCUGGAGCAGCAGUUUUCUCGUCUCGCUGGCCAAUGCAGCCACCAAUAAUAAUUUGACUGGCUUGGAAAUGUUGGAUCCAGAGAGCCGAAAGGCACGCCAAGAAGAAGUCAAGUUGGAUCGCAAACUCAAAAAGGCAUUUGAUAUGGCCAAACGGACUCUAGACGACUACAAUGACGCCAAAUCCAAACUCUCCACACUCUCCCACCAAAUUGUCCAAGACGACGACGGACUCGGGACCAAGCUACAAGAGAUUGAGGAUCUGAAAGAAGCUGUGGCAACAAAGGCGGAACGCAUCGAUAAGCGCAUACGAGAUCUCAAUGCCGAACAGAUUUUGGAAUUAAAGAAAGAAAUGGAAGAGUUGCGAAAACGAGAGUUGCAACGACGAGAAAAGUUAAAAGAAAAAGAGGAACGGGAAGCCACGCGACGAGAAAAGCAACAACAAAAACUAGAAGCCAAACGAGAAAAGGCCAUCAAGAAGAGAGAAAAGGAGAAGAAGAAGAAGAAAAUGAAAAAGAAAAAGCAAAUGAAAAAGAAACAAAAGACGAUUGUACCAGAAGGUGCCAUUACCAAGGCCCAACUCCAAAAUCUGGUAGACGUCAAAGCCAUUGUCAAGGAGAGCGACGAAAAGCUCGAAGAUUGGUGUGUCAAACUGGUCGAAGAGGAAGUGGCAGCAUUGCAAGAAGAAUUGGAGGAAGUCGUCAUUGAAGCAACAACUGCUCUGGGUGAACUGGGAAAUGAAAUGAGAAAGGCCGUCGAGGAACCGGAAGUGGUAGAUGACAAUGAUGACGAAGCAGCACCAGAGGUGGAAUGCUCGGGUGCCACUCUGGUCGAUGCCGUCCAUCUAGUGCAAGAAUCUUUGGUCAAAUAUUCUCACGACACUGUGGGAAUGGUAGAUCACCUCGCCCAAGCAUCUGUGGUACACUUUCUCACCAGUGACAACUAUGUACCGGCUGCCAAACAAAAUAGUCCCAUUGAUGCCCAGUGGUGGUUCCAGUAUUUGCCGGAUGACUGGGAACGGGGGCUAGAUGCAAUAAUGCCGGUCGGAUGGAGAAAAUGGAACGUGGCCAUUCCCGAUUAUGUCUACCAUACCUUUGGUUUCCAUAAGAUGGCAGCCACGGCACCACCGGAAGCUAUUCUAACACCACACCUCUAUCCCGGCUCUUGUUGGCCAAUGGCAGGUUCAUCGGGACAGGUAACACUGCGGCUGCAGAACCCUGUCAAGGUCAGAGCUGUGACUAUGGAUCAUGCCCCGGAACUCUUAUUUGAAGAUCCCUUUGAACGCAAGAGUGCCCCAAAAACUGUUCGAGUGUUUGGUUUCCCGCCGUGCUGGGUGAAGCAAGCCGGACAGAGUGAUUACAUCAAAGACGACUAUUUGGAUGAAGGCAACGAUUCGGACGAAGACGACGCUGACUACGUUCGUGGUUUGUGUCCAGAUGGACUGAACUUUGACAUUCAGAAACCGAUUGUUCUGCACGACUUUGAAUACAACAUUUCGGGGCCUAGUAUUCAGACGUUUCAGAUUCCACUACCCGAGGAGGAGAUUGAAGAGGACGAGGGCGGUGACGGCGGCACUUGCGCGCAAGACACUGGGACUUGUGGGGGAGGCAUGGAAGGCAAUGACGCCUUGUUUUCGUCUCCGGAUCGCUCCGAUUCUAUCAAUGAAGGUGUCAAUGCAAUCCGGUUACAGGUGACGGACAACUGGGGGAACGCUGACUACACUUGCAUCUACCGAUUCCGCAUCCACGGGGACACCAUUGAAGACUGAGUGUACUGGUUUCCUUCUUCCAUACUGUAGGUAAACGUCAGAAGCCUGUCAACCCACGAGGAAUGGGCACUUCCAAGGUCACAUGGUUUGCGAUGGCAGUUGUCUCAAUUGCGGUCACAUCAGCAGUGGACCCAAGCCGUCUCGUCCAAUUACUAACUAGCUAGAAAUAGUACUGCCUUGCCGAUCAUGAACUGCAGUUGACAACACGCACUUUUAACCAAACCUUAAGCUUUCGUGAUAAAGGCAAUUGCGUUGUCCGCAAGCCCAGUAAGGAUGAGAUAGCUGAGCAACUUUCUUUUAAAAUGUGGCGCCGCGAUACACAGUAAUACUCUCCGCUCGGUCGGUUUUAGAAGGGGUACUAAUAGCGGAUUCGGCGACACCAUUGAGCUUCAUGGUCCCAUGCUGGGACGCCUGCGCUACUUGGUACCGGUAGUUGCACAAGAGUGACGGGUGGACUCAAGCGACUGGACUCGGAAAAGCCUUCCAAACUGCUUUUGCAUAUGCUGGCACGCAGGUGGGGUACGGGUGCAACCACAAAGCAAGUGCCACCUCAACAGGGAUGGACUUUUAUCCCAUUUUGCUAUCUAUUCACAUUUGCCUCUUUGAUGAGGUACAUCUCCAGCUCCACAGGCAGCUGCGAUGAAGUCCAGACAGGCGGAAUGGUUGAGUUGUCUAGCAACUGAUGCAGUUCCUUGUAGGGCUCGUAGAUGGGAAUAAGUUCAGGUACAAUAAAUGUGUUGUUGGUUUGUCGCUGAUGUGCUUCAAACCCUUGGAAUAGGGAUGAGAGGUUUUGCAGUUUGUCAAGUCCCAGCAAUUGUGCAGCUUGCAUGACAGAUUCUUUGCUGUAUGGGGCCUUUAGGAAAACAACAUUUGGAAGCUUGGUGUAGGUCCUGAUCAUGGCCUUGAUCCCAGCAGGAUCAUUGGGAUUCUUGGACACAUAAUCUUUGUACUUUGGCAUUUUGCAGCGUUCUUCUCCAAAUACAAUCUUGGCCAUAUUCAAUUUCAAAUAGUUGCGCCGGUGCAUGGACAUCAAUGCCCUCCAAAAGUCACCAAUAAUGACCAAGAUGGGUGUGUCCGAUGGAUAGACCAAUUCAACCAUUUCUGGAUUGCCCAAAUGACACAAAUAUGCAAGGUUGUGCUUCGGGCUUGGAACCAGAUGGAUGUCACGGUCUUUCAGAUGGGAAUACAAGUAUUCUGAAGCCACACCUCCAUGUGAAACAACCCAAACAUCCAAGUCUGACAAGGAAGUCUUGUAGCCCCAAUGCUUGCUGUUCUUCUCAAAGAACUUGAGCACAUCAGGAUCGUUGUGGCAGAAAAAUGGAGAAAAACGAGGUUCGGAAGCACGCAAACGUGGUUCAUCUUUAUCUUCAAAACGAGGACCUAAUUCUAGCACAGUGUUGAUUGAAGUUUUCUCCUCAAGUCCUGAAUUUGUCGAUGUCAACCGUUCGCCUUCAUGGCCGUGCCACACAUGCAAACCCUGCAAGGCCAGUGCUGCCAAUGCCAAAAUCAAAAUUGGUCGCACCCUUCUGGCCCAUAGCUGAUGUGAUUGGUUCUCAUGACGGAGACUUGAAUUGACUGCAUCUGCAGCUGGCUGUUCUUGGGCCUCAACUGAUGGGAACGAAAGUUCGGCGUUCCCCCGUGGAUCCUCUCUGUCAUGCUCGACGAUGCUCGAACUAGCGUCGAUACUGCUACUCUUGGUGACCAUGGCUCUAAUAUUUUCGCUCAAUCUUUUUUGCUCGGCUUCCAUGCUCAAGGAUGGCCUAACGAGCUAUCGAACCUACCGGUAGAAAGAUCAAGCCUUGUGUUUGCUGACCUUCAGGAUCCUUCAGGUCUGAUUUCGUCAAACUGAAGACUCCAUCACCGUCACCACCGAUCGAUCGGCGAUGCAAAAGCUCUCUAAACGGAGAGAGUGAGGCUCGUCUCGCCAUAAUGUAAUUGUUCACAGCUUAACUGGCUGUAGCUUGAAGUGGUGG